AUGCAAGUUCUCCUUCUCGGCGGCCACGGCAAAAUUGCCCUUCACCUAACCCCCCUCCUGCUAAACCGCGCCUGGAACGUAACCAGCGUGGUGCGCAACCCGGACCAUGAGAAGGAGAUUCUGGCCCUCGGCAAGGGCCGCAAGGGUAACCUCAGUGUGUUGAUCUCCAGCUUGGCGGAUAUCAAGAGUGCUGCCGAUGCCCAGCAGAUUCUUAACUCUGUCAUGCCCGAUUAUGUGGUUUGGUCCGCUGGCGCCGGCGGCAAAGGCGGCCCGGCAAACACAAUCGCCAUCGACCAAGAAGCCGCCAAACACUUCAUGACGGCCUCCUUCGCCUCAACCAGUGUAACCAAAUUCCUCAUGGUUUCCUACCUCGGAAGCCGCAAGAAACAACCUCACUGGAUUCCCGAUGACCAAUGGGCCGGCAUCGUGCGCACAAACACCGAAAUCCUCCCCACAUACGCCAAAGCCAAGCAGGAGGCCGACGAGUACAUGACCGCACUAGCAUUCAAGCGUAAGCAGGAACCUGCCGCGACACGCCCGUUCCAGGCUAUUAACUUGCGGCCGGGGACUUUGACGGAUGAGCCCGCUACGCGGAAGGUGGAGCUGGGUGUUACGGCGAAGGGCAAGGGGACUGUGACGAGGGAGGAUGUUGCUAUUGUGGCGGAUUUGUUGUUGGCGAGGGCUGAUACGGAGGGGUGGAUUGAUCUCGUUAAUGGGGAGGAGGAUGUUGAGGCGGCGGUUGAGAGGGUUGCCAAGGGGAAGAUUGAUGCGGUAGAGGGAGAGGAUGUUGAGGGGAUGGUGAAGCGGUUCUUCCCUUGA